UGAAACAUUGAGUGAGAAAGUGGCCAACCAUACCAUACCACACCCUUCUUUAAUUUUUUCUCUUUCUCUCAUCAUAAUCAUCAUUGAACCAAAAAUAAUUACAAACUAAAUUAUACUAUAAGUCCCACAAUACAAAGAAAAUUAUAAUCUCCAUUAAAAGGUGAAAGGUUGCUACCACAAAAAAAGUAACUUCAGGAAUUGGAUUCUUAGAGAGAGAGAGAGAGAGAGAGACAGAGAGAGAUUAUGUGGUGCUGGAAAGGAGAAGGAGACUAGAAAAAGAACUAUAGAGAGAGAGUUUCAUCUUUUUUGUUCUGUCUUUGUGCCUUUGACAGCACUUUUAGGAGUUCUUGUGUAACUUUGGAAGCUCUGUGACAACUAACAAGCCUGAAAAUAAUAUAGUGAUGCUGCCUACUUGCCGGCGAUUGUUCUGGUGAGCUUAGUUUAGUCUCUUGUUGUAUAUCCUUGUGUGUGCGCGCGCGUGUGUUAAUAUUUAUAUAAAGUCUUGUAUUGUUAUUGCAGAAUAUGGAAUUCACACAAUCUUGAUUUUAACUUUACAGGAAGAAAGAGUAAUGCUACUGAGAUGGGAAAGAAAGGGAGUUGGUUUUCAGCAAUCAAGAGGGUUUUCACACACCACUCCAAGGGGAAGGAUUCAGCAGAUAACAAAAGUACAAAAGAGAAGAAGAAAGGUCUAGGAAAACUAAAGCAUGGGGAGACCAAUUCUUUCAUCCCUAUCUUCAGAGAGCCAAGCAGCAUCGAAAAGAUAUUUGGCGACUUCGAAAGAGAGCAACAAGUACUUACAAUUAGGCCUACCACACCUCCCGAGAGACCGAAAACGCCACCUUAUGUUCCUCCUAGAGUUGCUUCUCCUAGGCCUCCUUCUCCAAAGCCUCCUUCUCCAAGGGCUCCAACUCCUAAAGCUGCUUCUCCCCGAGUUACCUCUCCGAAAGCUACGUCCUCCCGGAAUGUUCCUCAACAUAAGGAGGUUCGCUACAGACCAGAACCGACUUUACAAAACCAGAAUUCCUCGGCUACUAAGAUCCAGGCUGCUUACAGAGGUUAUAUGGGCCGGAAGAGUUUUAGAGCUCUGAAGGGUUUGGUAAGACUUCAAGGAGUGGUAAGAGGACAGAAUGUGAAGAGACAGACAGUUAGUGCCAUGAAGCACAUGCAGCUGUUAGUGCGAGUUCAAUCUCAGAUUCAAUCUCGACGAAUUCAGAUGUUGGAAAACCAGGCACGAUAUCAAGCUGAGUUCAAGAAUGAUAAGGACGCUGGAAGUACCUUUGGCAAACUCUCUGAGGGAGGUAACGGUGAAGAUUGGGAUGAUAGCUUACUGACAAAAGAGGAAGUAGAUGCAAGGUUGCAGAAGAAGGUCGAAGCAAUCAUCAAAAGAGAGAGAGCAAUGGCAUUUGCAUAUUCGCAUCAGUUGUGGAAGGCGACUCCAAAAUCAACUCAAACACAGGCGACAGAUAUGCGAGCAAGUGGAUUCCCAUGGUGGUGGAACUGGUUGGAAAGACAACUACCCGCAGCAGCAAAUCCACAAGAAAAACAAGUCCUAAAGAAUUUUCAACUCACACCACCAAGACCGUAUUCAGAACAAAAGACAAGUCCAAGACCUGGCUCAAGCUCUCAAAGGCCUUUUGCCUUUGAUAACAUGGAUACACCAACUCCAAAAUCAACAAGAUCAACUAUAUUUCCAUCUUCAAAACCAUCUAGAACUCCUCCAUUUAGAACUCCACAAGGAAACAGUUCAAGCAUGAUGUCAAAACAUUCAAGGCCAAGAGCAGUUGGAUCCAAUUCACCUUUCGACGUUCCUCUGAAGGACGAUGAUAGUCUCAUGAGCUGUCCACCGUUUUCGGUUCCAAACUACAUGACUCCAACUGUUUCUGCUAAGGCGAAAGUACGCGCUAAUAGUAAUCCAAGAGAAAGAUUCGGCGGUGGUAGUAGUGGUUGUACAACUCCAACUCCCAGCAAUGAUUCGAGGAGAAGUUCAUUCCCUUUGUCACAAGGUAUAGGUUCAUUCAAAUGGAAUAAAGGGUCAUUGUUCUCUAGCAAUAAGGAUCCUCGUGGCUCUCAGUCCUCUAAUAGGACACCAGAUAAAUAUCAGUCACUUGAAUCGAUAGGAAAUGUGAGUGUUGAUUCGACGGUAUCGUUGCCAGCUAGAGUUGGAAGAAAGCCUUUUACAAGAUUUGUGUGAUUUAAUUCUUUUUUAACCAUUUUUAUUUUUGUCUAAUAUGUUUGGUGGUGUUUUUGUCAGUUGUAUUAUGAUUAUGAUUGAGUGUAUUGAUGGUGAUGAUAGUUUGACAGAAGUAUACUCCAUUGUAAACUAAUAAAAAAAACAUAAUAGGAAAUAAUGGUUUGAUAACUUUUGAUUUGAAA